AUGUUAUUCUCUUCACAGUAUCUGUACUGUGGAAGUGUCGCCCAACAAGGUUGGGUGACAGCGGGAAACACGGCAUCGAUGCAGUUCCUCACCGACUUCAGCCAAGUUAAUCGUGGCUUCAAUGUGGCUCUGAGAGCAGUCAAUUGCUUUAAUUGUACAGAGGGACCAGUUUAUGAAAUGGGCUUCAACGAUACCAACAUCGUGACUGAUACUGGAGGCCGUCUCGUUUCUCCCGGUUUCCCUAAUAAUUAUACCAACAACUUGGACCUCACGACAACAAUCACCGCUCCAGAUGGUUUUAUCAUUACUUUUGUCUAUUUAUUAUUCAACCUGGAACCUGAACCACCCGCGUGUGAUUUCGACUACUUGCAAAUCUUUGAUACUACUCCUACUCCUAUUCCAACGCCGCCCAAGUACUGUGGUAAUGUGGCUCCAGAUUUCACCAUGUCAGCUACGAACCAAGUAGAAGUUGUUUUCUCCACUGAUAGGGCUUUCGUUGGAAAAGGAUUUGAUAUUUGCUUCACCGUGGUCCCCGCUCCCUAAAGGACGAGUGAAGGUGCACUCUCUCGCCUCUGAAGUUCAACAGUCCUGAAGUCUUUCUCUCCCUCUUUUAUACCCGAUAAACCAAGAAAUUUAAAAGUAAAGAGAAUAUUCUAUCAUCGACGUAUGUGUGUGUGUGCUUUUUCAGGAUGAAUACUUAGUUACAGAAAACAAGGAAUAUUUUAUCAAAGAAAACGAAGCAUAUAGAAAACGAGGAAUACUUCAAAGAAAACGAGGAAUACUUUUUCAAAGAGAACGAAAAAUACUUCUUCAAAGAAAACGAGGAAUUAUUCAAAGAA